UUACCCCUCAAUCUGCCUGCAGCAAAAGUGAUUCCAGCCCGCACCACACCACCGCUCUUCCUCGACCCAACACCGCACCAUCACCAUCACCAGCACCAUCACCUGCACCAGCACCAGCACCAGCACCAGCACCAUCACCAGCACCAGCACCAUCACCAGCAGCAGCAUCACCAGCAGCAGCAUUGGAGCUUCCUCUCUUCCUAG